CAGUAUUCGGCCGUUAAUUCGAAAGAACAUCCAAUGGGGUCACUUAUUACAGUUCCGAUCACGUUUGCUAUGGGAUUUAUUUCAGUGAGACCAGCAGAUUUUGUGUAUUGGUGCAAAUGGGUGCUUAGCUACAUUUAUAUUGAAAUCAGCAAAUGGAUCACCCCAAAAAGAUUUGAUCUUUACGAUCCGAAAGCUCUCCAAAAUGCUGAGAAACUCGGUCUCAUCGUACCUGCAGAAGAAUUCCAUUUAGAGUCUCCUUGCCCUGAUUCCCAUCUGCAAAACGGAAAAGAUGAAAUUUUUUGCUAUGGUGUGAAUUCCAAGUCAGAAUACCUUAUCGUCAACAUCUCUCGUCGGAAAGAUCAGAAAGCCGAUGCUUGCAUUUAUCUGAAAUUAGCUUCCGGGAAAACUUACCGUUUGCAAAUGACGGAUCAUUUCCAACAGUCUUGCAGUGAUCAAAAUGUCUUCUCUUGUGGGGAUCUGCAGAUGUCUUACACUUGUCCCAUGAGGAGGUGGAGAAUAUUCUACAACGGCUUCUUAAGAGAGACGAAUAAUGAUGACGAUUCUGAAACAGGGCGCAUGGUCUACGUAAAGUUUGCUUUGGGGUGGCUGGCUUCUUCGGACGUUUUUGACUGUACAUCAGAUUUAAGUUCUCCAACUUUGGCCGAAAUUCUGGCAAAAGCAGACUGGAAAUCGUUACACCCUCCUCUUGAUAAACUCAAACGUGCACUGAAUUUUUACGUGCAAACUGGAAUCCUACAUGGAACUGUGACGGUUGAUGGAGAAAAAGAUGAACACGAGUUGUACUUAUUUGGACAGAGAGUAAGAUAUUUAGGUGAAACUACCAGUUUUAAAGAUGUACAAGUUGAUCACAUGCUGGGACAUGUUCACCAAAACGGAUCGUAUAUUUAUCUGGCGAAAGCCUCAAUCGCUGAAGUUGCAAAUGAUUGCUGUUUUGGUUUCAUUGUGCAACCGGACUGCUAUCUCAGAUCAACCAGAAAAGCUGCCAUAGAGAUUAUAGACUCAAAGGAUGUUAAUUCUGUAAAAGCAACAUUUCAGUCUGGUGUUUCUUACAAACUUAGUGGAUCAUUCUCCAGUCCAUUACUUCAGUCCAUCACGAAAAGAAGAGAAGAGGUCACAUCCUUCAGAAAAUUUGAUUUUUAUAUAAAUGGUAAAAAAGGAACUGGAGUUCAUGUUGGAAGGCAUAUCACACAAACGCCGCGACAAAAAUAUUCAGACGUGACAAAAUCGAAAACUCUUGUUUCAGUGCCACCGUUAGCAAUCUCUUUCUCAAAUGAGGUAUGUCAAGCACCUGAAGUAACGGGAGGAAAAGGUUCAUCGCUGGGAAAAUUAACAUACUUAAGCAAGGAUCUUCAGACGUUCAUAGUUCCCAACGGUAUCGUUGUGACCACAUCGGCUUACCAAAGUUUUGUUACGAAACAGAUCCUUGCUAAAAUUGAAAAGCUGGAAGAUGUCCUUUAUGGUAAAACUGAAGGAAAUGUCAAAAAAGUUUGUGAAAGCCUAUGCUCAGAUAUUACGAUAACCGAGUUUCCUCGAGAAACCCGGGAAGCCAUUGAAGUAUGUUUAAAAAAGACUUUCGGAGGAAACUUCCAGUCCCGAAAAUUUGCCAUUCGAUCUUCUGCCACUGGCGAAGACACAGAACAAAUGUCUGCUGCUGGUCAAAUGGAUACCUUCUUGGGCAUCUCAGGGCUAAAGGAGAUUCUGCAAGCAGUCAAAAAGUGUUGGGCUUCACAGUUUGGAUACAUCGCAAUUCAGUAUAAAAGGCGUUACGGUCAAUAUCUGAAUUCUCCCAUGGCUGUGGUCAUUCAGGAGAUGGUGGCCUGCGAUGUUGCCGGGGUUCUUUUUACUUGUGAUCCUUUGACGGGGAAUCCAACGGUUAUGACUAUAACCGCCAACUAUGGUUUAGGAGAGUCCGUGGUAUCAGGCUCCGAAGAACCGGACACAAUCGAGCUUCAGAGAGAUCCCGAAGACCAUCUAUCUAUCAAGAGCACGAGCAUUGGAGCAAAAAGUAGGAAAAUUAUUGUAAAAGAUGGAGAAGGUACUAUUUUAGAAGAAGUCUGCGAAGAGGAGAAAAAAAAUUGUUGCUUGACGGAUAAAAUGAUUAUUCGACUAGGACAGCUUGGAGUUGAAGUGGAAAAGUAUUAUCGAUCCCACAGAGAUAUUGAAUGGGGUUUCUGGAAUAACAAUCUGUACGUGUUUCAAUCUCGACCAGUAACUAGCGGGACAAAUGAAACAGUGUUUGAAAUAGAUCACGAAUUCGACUCUCCUCUUCGAACGGAGAAUGAUUUCUUUUCCGUGGCGAACGUGGGGGAAAUUAUGCCCGGAGCUAUGUCACCUUUAGGAAUGGAUUACUUAUUUAGGUUAUUUAGCGUCGUCUUUAAUACCGAAGAAGUACUGUGGGUUGCUGCUUGUCGCAGCCAUUAUUACCGAAGUGGUUGGAUGACCUUUUAUAAUCACUCCAUUUUCAAUAUUUCAGAUGUAUUCCCCGAUUUGAAAUCAGAGAAACUCGAUUAUUUCUUGCAAGCAAGUCUGAUAGCAUUCUUUGGCAGAAUAAUAAAAGACGACGAACUUACUCAAGUAACUAGAGAAAGAUACGGAGACGCGAAAAAGGCUUCUGUGCUUGGAUUGUUAAAAAAUUUACUAACGAUAAACAAGCAAAUUCGAAAAGCUCAAACGACUUAUGCUAAUUAUCGGGUUCCAGUUGAGAAAUUCAAAACUUCGACAGAGCUUUUCGACCAUCUUUUGCAAAGCUGUGCGGAAAUCUGUAGCGUUUGCAUGAAUCAUUUGAAGAGUACUCAAGCAUCAUCACUAUGGAAUAUGUUUAUUCUUACAAUUCUUGCCAAAGCCAGAGGAGGAUUUAAUGAUGAAGUUUACCGAGAUUUUGCUUCUCUCAUAACUACUAGCAGUGAUGUAGAAAGUGCUGAUGUGCCUUCCGCUAUACAAAGUCUGGCCUUUUACAUUUCUAAAGCGACAGAUGUAGAUGAGUUCAAGAAAAUGAGCGUUGAAGAAGCUUUGAAUUGGCUGCAAACAACAACUUCUACGGCAGGAAGAAAAUUCCAAGAAUUUUUGCUGAAACAUGGUCAUAGAUGUUUAGGUGAAUUUGAUAUUUAUGCAAUCCCAUGGGGUUCCGAUCCAAAGUCAUUAGUGAAGCUGCUACAGAAUCUAGCUGGAAAUGUAUCUCAGGAUUUCUCAAAGAAGCACUCAGACAACAUAAAUGAAAUGCUCUCUCGGCUUUCUAUUCCCUUGGGAUUCUUUUCCAGAUUAAUGCUGAAAGUUUUACUUCCAAUGAGCCGUCUCGGCGUGCAGAAUCGGGAACUGACAAAGUCUAUGUGCAUAAAAGCAAUCGACGAAUGGAGAAAAGCAUUCUGGUAUCUCGCUAAACUCCUUGUUCUUGAAGGACGUAUUCCUGAAGACGAUAUACUGUUUUUCAUGACUAUGGACGAAAUCAAAGAAUUACUAAACACGCGGUCGCCGAAAAUAUUAGCCAGAGCAACUCAGAGACAAAGGAGGUAUCCAGUUCUCUGCAAAUACAUUUUUCCAGAAAUUAUGAAGGGCGUACCAAGACCUAUGAAUUUGGUAGAGGUUCCUGUAGUUCCUACGGAUGCAAAUUUUAUGAUGAAAGGCAUUCCAGUGAGCCAAGGGGUAGUUGAAGGUUUUGUACAUGUAGCAAUCACUCUAGAAGAAGCAAGUCUCUUGAAGCCCAAAGAGAUUCUUGUGACUUACAGCACAGAUGUUGGUUGGACCCCUUAUUUUCCGGUACUGGCUGGAGUUGUAACGGAAUUAGGAGGACUCAUUUCUCAUGGAGCUGUUGUUAGUCGAGAGUAUGGUAUACCUUGCAUUGCAGGAAUGCAUGGAGCAACAGGAAAGUUUCAGACAGGUGAUUACGUGAGGCUCGAUGGCAAUACGGGUGUACUUCAAAAACUUCCUCCUACUACAGACAAAUAAAGAUAGAAAGAAUGUCAAAUGUACGAAUUACUCAGCACAAUCAAAUACACUUCAAAAUAAAAUAUAUAUAUAUAUAUUUUUCAACACUUGAA